CGCGGCGGGAAGCCCCGCCCCCCCCCCCGGCGUGUCCCCGCCCACUUCCCCGAGCCGUUGCCGUGGGGGCCGCCUCUCGCCGGUGCCUGUGAGGGCGGGCGGCGCAGCGGUUUUGUUCGGGAGAUGGGUGGUUUGGUUUGGUUUUGUUUUGUUUUUUUUUUUUUUUUCGGUGGCAAAAUGCUGCGUUUCGCUGUCGGAUUCCUGACGUUGGUCAGCCGGGGCUGCCACGUCUGGCCCGCUUUGCAGCGCCAUCGCCGUCGCGCGCCCCAGCCAAUUCACUCUCGGCUGGAAGGAAAACAUUUCACCGAUCUCGGGGAAAGACGGAAAGAGAUGAGGAGCGCAGCGCGGGCGCGGCGGGGCUCUUCAGGCACCCGCGACGACCGCAGCGCGGGUGCGCGGGGCCGCCAGCCAGACCCCAGGCGCGCCCGGCUCCGGUGGCCGCGCAAGCCCCAAUCAGCGGCUCCGAUUUUCACGUUGUUUUCCGCGGUGACUUCCAGCAGCCCAACCGCAGCCUCGGCCGUCACAUCACGGAAGCUACGCCCUGUACACCCUCACGCCCUUGCCUCGGUCUUCGGGGACCCCCACAGGCCCGGGGGCCGGCCCCGCGGUUACCGCCCUGAGGCGCGGCCGCCCCUCAGCAGGUGCAGCCCCGCCCGCCGCCGCCGCCGGCCUCUACCACGCAGCGCGGUGCGUGGGGAGGGAGCCGAGCCGGGCGCGCUGCUCCUGCUUGGCGGGGAGCGUCCUGCCGGCUUGGGCUCUCCCGCCCUCUUCCCCUGACCGCCUCCACACCCCCCCCCCCCCGCGAUGUAUCGCUGUGGAACGGGCCGAGCCCGGAACUCGGCGGCGCUGCCAGGCGGCCGGGGAAGAUGGAGGUGGCGGAGCUCGGGGCGGGCGGCCGGGCGGGCAGCAGCGCCGACAGCCUGGCCGAGGAGGAGGACGACGACGAGGAAGGGCCUGGCGGCGGCCGGUCCAGCCGCACCUCGUCGCUGGUGAGCGGGCUGCUCACCGAGCUCUACAGCGCCGCUGCCGAGGCGGCCGCCCCCUCGGGCAGCGCCCGCUCCCCCGUCCUCCGGGAGCUGCGGCAGCGGCCGAGCCAGGUCAAGUACCUGCGGCUGAAAGAUGUCGAUGAAUUAACAGCUAUAAAACGAGAACUGAAUUACAGAAUUUCUGUUCAGUCAGCAAAGUUGCUUCGACUCUUGAAGCAGAAAGACAGACUUGUACAUAAAGUCCAGAAGAACUGCGAUAUUGUCACCGCUUGUUUACAGGCAGUUUCCCAGAAACGACGGGUUGAUACAAAAUUGAAAUUCACUCUUGAACCAUCUUUAGGUCAAAAUGGUUUUCAGCAGUGGCAUGAUGCACUCAAAGCAGUGGCCAGAUUGCCGACAGGCAUACCGAAAGAAUGGCGGAGAAAGGUUUGGCUGACCCUAGCUGAUCAGUACUUACACAGUAUAGCCAUUGACUGGGAUAAAACCAUGCGUUUCACAUUCAAUGAAAGAAGUAAUCCUGAUGAUGACUCUAUGGGCAUCCAGAUAGUGAAGGACCUUCACCGAACUGGUUGCAGUUCUUACUGUGGCCAGGAGGCAGAGCAAGACCGAGUGGUAUUAAAACGUGUUUUGCUGGCAUAUGCCAGAUGGAAUAAAUCUGUUGGCUAUUGUCAAGGAUUUAACAUACUGGCUGCACUUAUUCUGGAAGUAAUGGAGGGCAAUGAAGGGGAUGCCCUGAAAAUCAUGAUUUACCUAAUUGAUAAGGUGCUUCCUGAUAGCUAUUUUGUCAAUAAUCUCCGUGCUCUCUCUGUGGAUAUGGCUGUUUUCCGAGAUCUUUUACGAAUGAAACUUCCUGAACUGUCCCAGCACUUAGACACUCUGCAAAGAGCUGCUAACAGAGAAAGUGGAGGAGGCUACGAACCACCACUUACAAAUGUCUUCACAAUGCAGUGGUUUCUGACCCUCUUUGCCACUUGUCUGCCUAACCAUACAGUUUUGAAGAUCUGGGAUUCAGUAUUCUUUGAAGGCUCUGAAAUUAUACUGAGAGUAGCUUUGGCUAUCUGGGCAAAGUUAGGAGAGCAAAUAGAACGUUGUGAAACUGCAGAUGAGUUUUACAGUACCAUGGGCAAGUUGACCCAGGAGAUGCUGGAAGACAGUCUGAUUGACAGCAAUGAACUCAUGCAGACUGUUUAUACCAUGGCUCAGUUUCCCUUCCCACAACUGGCAGAAUUAAGAGAGAAAUACACAUACAACAUUACUCCUUUCCCUGCAGCAGUAAAAUCAACUUCACUUUCAGGAAGGUUGGGCAGAACCAGAGACAGUGACGAGGAGAAUGACCUAGAUGAUGAAGACUCAAUUGCCAAUGCAAUUGGCUGUCUUGGACCGCUAAGUGGGUUUUUGGCACCAGAGCUACAAAAAUACCAAAAACAGAUGAAAGAUCAGAACGAAGAGCAAAGUCUGGGUUCCAGUAACAUUGCAGAAUUAAGUCCAGGAGCAAUAGACUCUUGCCGAAGCGAGUAUCAUGCCGCUUUUAACAGCAUGAUGAUGGAGCGUAUGACCACUGAUAUUAAUGCACUGAAAAAGCAAUACUCCAGGAUAAAGAAGAAGCAGCAACAGCAGGUUCACCAUGUGUAUAUAAGAGCAGGAUCUGAAGAUGAUGACCCUGGGAUUUUUUUAGGUCCCAGGGACCAGCUGAACAAUGACAAAGGGCCAGUUACCAGCCUCCUCCCUUCUCAGGUAAACCAUUCCCCAGUGAUAAACCACCUCCUUUUAGGAAAGAAGAUGAAAUUGAAUAACAGGUCUCUCAAAAAUGCUGUUAUUCACAUCCCAAGUCAUGCUACAGGGAAGAUGUCUCCCAUUCCCCAAGAAGAUCUUAAAACAAAACUGAACUCUCCGUGGCGCACUCACAUACGAGUUCAUCGAAAGAAUAUUGCUAGGGCCAAAGGCCAGCUGGGCUAUGGGGACACCAUAGGACUAAUAGAUGAGCAGAGCGAGAGCUGUAAAACAAAUAGUCCUGGUGCUAAGGAGGAGAGUUCCAAACAUUCUGCAUUUGGAGAAGGAGGAGGAGGUGGUUUGGAUGACAGGACUGCUCGGAAAGCUGACCAGCAGUCGUCUGAGCCAGUCUCCACAGACAGCAGUACAAACAUGGCAGUGGUUCAGCUAAAACUGGAAGCACUGGAACUCACUUCAGACAACAAAACCGAUGCUGAGUCAACAUCCCAUCAGUCCAGCCAGCCACGUUUAUCAGAGUCCUCCAGUUCCUCCAGUGACAGUGGAAACGGGGCGAAAUCUCCCCAGCCUGCGAACCCAAAGCUGCAAGUCUUCAAUCCUUUUCCCAGUGUCAAGCCCCUUCGAAAGUCAGCUACAGCCAGGAAUUUAGGGCUGUAUGGCCCCACCGAAAGAACGCCAACUGUACACUUCCCACAAAUGAGUAGAAGUUUCAAUAAAUCUGCCAGUGGCAACACUGGGACCAGGAAACGAUGAUGUGCACUGCCUGGCACUUUCUAUUUCUGACAGUAACAAAAAAGUUGUAUUACCUUUUUUUUUUUUUUUUUAAUGUGUGUGUGUGUCCCAAAGCAUUUAUGAUCUUUAAUUAAGUAACAGGGACAAAAGUGGUUACCGGAUGUAUAAAUACGUGGUUUUGAAAAUUGUGCUCCCGUGUUCUUAUGGGAUAGAUUAGUGAAGAUGCACUCUGGCACCCUGUUUUCGAUUCUGAUGGUUCUGUGGUAAAAUAAACAUUGAUUUUCACUGUGAAGCAUAUUGUUUCUUUAAAUGUAACUCAGACAUAAAGUCACUGGCUGCCUUUAACCCCUCAGCCCCCCCCACGGCUGCCUCUUGUCUCCAAAACUUGAAGGACAAAUUAUCUGCUGCAGCAGAUACGUGUAACAGUUUUUCUGACUAUUAGGUAGCUUCCCCAUUAGACCUCGUCAUGCUCUAUGAGGAGCUGGAGAAGCCAUGACUAACAGAAGCACAAGCAGCCCCAGCAAUCAAAAAUACCACUUUGUGUCUGACAUUACCACUUACCUCCUGAGGCCACCCGGCUUCAGACGUUCCUGAGCAGCAUUUUGUGCUUCUCUUUCCACAGCAGUUCUCUGCUGCUACUGUUUUUAAUAUAAAUGUAAUCAGUGAGUGUGAGAAUAGCAGACAAAAGUCCAUCCGCAACACUGGUUUGCUCCUUUCCUGUUACUUAUGUACAUAACACAUAUUUCUGUUACUGCUGGAAAGUUGCAGCACUGCAAAAUCAGGAAUUGGGUACAACUAUAGGUGUAGUUGUAUGAAUAUAUGGCACAUCUUGGCAUCAGUGGUUUUAAAACCUAUUAUCUAGAUUAUAGACUUGUAAUUAAAUCAUAUUUGCCAGUUUAGCAGUAGGUAAAAUAUAUGAACGUUCCAAAAUAGUUUAGGGUUUUAAAUUCUAUAAAUAGAGUGAUUAGCUACUUAGGGUGCCACUUACCAUUAGAAGCCAACGCAUCAGCCACUUGUAAGUGGGAUGGACCCAUGGAACUAUCCUGGGCUUCCAGGGCUUCCUUCUGGUUUGGUGUGGAAGAGCAAGGGCAAAGCAACAAGCUGAGUAUUUACUUCUCAAUCAAAAACAAAAGCUGGUGAGAACCAUAAGACAAGUACAUUUUUUUCUCUAUAUAUUAAACAGGCAGACAGAGAAACUAAAUGUUGGAUAUUUCAACUUCAGGGUUGCAAAAUCAAGCACUCCAAGAAACUUGAUUUGCUCUUAAAAUGUUACAUCUCUGCCUAACUGUAUGUAUUAACUGUGAUUCGUGACCUUAUUGCUUCCAAGUUUCCCACAACAUGAGUGUCAUUAUUUUAAACUGGAGUAACAGCAGUAAAGCGAAUCAGCCCCAUGGUAUGUAAUAUUUUACUUCCUCUUUUAAAAUUCUUUGUUAAAUUUUCAAAUUAAUAUAUCAUUGUCUGUUUAUUAAUGUAUCCCAUAACCUGUGAUAUCUUAUGUGAUAUCAAUUUUACGGUAUACCAUAAUUUAUAAGCUGUACAAUAUACCCUGUUUAUUGUUGUGGGGACAGUUUUAUUUUGUUGCUUUAUACCAAUGUAUGUGUAUAAAAAUAAUAUGAAAGUAUGAACACUACAAAUAUAAACCAGAUGUAGAGCAGAUCUCGCCCCUGACUUAUUUUCAGGUUAUAGUAGUAUUGUCACUAAUGAUUGAUUAUAGUGCUAAGUAAAUUUAAAAUAAUGUAGAAUUUAGUCACUGAUCACAGACUGUAUGAGAAUUGUUUCUGCCUUGAUUUAGAAGAAAUGGACUUAUCAAAAUAUUACUGUGAAUCAUUCUCCCCGUUUUUUCUUAGCCAUGUGUUACACUGAAGCUGUAUACUGAACCAGUAAAAAUAAAAGGACUGUCAUUCUGCAAAAACUGCUAAAA